AUGAGUGCCGUAAAUCGUCCAGUGGACUUGAAGCAAAAGGAGAAGGAUGUCAACAACAAGCUCCAGCUCUAUGGAAUCGUCGAAGCCUUCUCCAAUGGCAAGGUGCCAUCCAACAGCCAGAUUGAUGUCGCUCUCAACUCAGCACUCGCACACCGCGCACUCAACUCACCAUCCAAGAAGCUGUCGCCCGAGGGCCAGAGCCUCGUCACAGACCUGAAGAACGUCAUCGAACAGGCCAAGAUCCUGCUGCUCACCAAGAACGAGGGCAACCUCCUCCAAGACUUCAUCUGGCAGGCUGAGCACAUCAGCACCGCUGGCGCCAACCGCCCCAAUGCCCCUGUUGACAAGGACACAGCAAGGCAAGACGGCAACAAUGCCCUCGAAGGUCUGCGUACCCUUGGCACGCUCCUCAUCUCCAACGGCCAGUUCAGGAAGCUUCUCUCUGAUGCUACUGUUCUUCUCCGCGACAUGGCCGGUGAUGCGGCCAUGAACACGGCCAAUAAGGUUAAGCCCUCAGAAGACCGUCUCAACAGGCUGGAUGAGCCCGCCGAGGACAACACCUGGCACGACACCUCCAAACUGAACCGCGAGAACCUCCGCAACCAAGCUAAGAGCAGCCUGCCGUUUGGCAACAAGAACAAGGGUGACCUUAAGGAGGCAGCCAAGGAUGUCAACCAAGCAGCCAACCCAGAGGGAGUUCGCGACCCCACGCACACUGCCGAUCUUGCUGCCACCGAGGGCCAGACUGGUCAGAGCACCGGCAUUGACGUUCGCAGUGGUGUCGAAGCCGCUAAGCAAAAAGUUGACGCAAACACCUCUGAAGAGGACAAGCAAAAGGUUCGCGCUCGCCGUGAGCAGCUGAACAACUACCUCAAGGGCAAGAUGCCAGAGGAGCGCCGCGAGCAAACUAGAUGGCGCCUCAAGAAGAUGAUUGUCGAGAUCCAGGGUCACCAGGACUACCAGCGUGCGAUUGAGACUCUUCUCGACCUCGCCGAGCGCUAUUCAAGCCACGGAAGGAUUUUGAGCCAGCAGGGCAAGGGCUCUGUGCAAGGCUUUACUAAAGAGAAUCAAUGGCUGACCAACAUGAAGACUCUCCUCGAACGUUUCGCCAACAACACGUCUUUCGAUGACCUGAUUGAGUCUAUCAACCAGAUCUACAAGGACGCCGACCGCGACCCCGAACUCAAGAACUGGUUCAAGCGUAUCAACGCCUUCAUCCGCAAGACCCUGCAGCAACAGGGCUUUGUACUCGAGGACAGCUUCAACGCUGAGUGGAACCAGCUCUAUGAUGAUGGCCACCACUUCUUCCGUGACCGUUACCGAGGUCACACUGACCGCAUUGCUGAUGAGUUCAAGUUCAUUGGCCAGCAGUUUGAUGCCGACCCCCAGAACAAGCAGUUCGCCGAGUCUGUCAACAAGCUCUUCCGUGACCUUGGUCAAGACGAGAAUGGCAAGACUGUCUUCAAGCCCCAUCUUGUCAAGGACAUGACUGACGUCAUUCUUCCUGCCAUCUUUGAGAAUGUCCGCUACAUUCCCGUCCCUCGCAUCGAGUACAGCGAUCCCAUGGUGGACGCCGUUAUUGAGAACCUUGUCAUUGAGGGUGAUAACCUCGCCCCCAACUCUCUGGAGUUUGGCUCGGACAACUACUGGCGCUGGGGUCGCAAGUCCAUUACCAGCACCAACAAGAACAAGGUUAUGCUCUCUGUCUCAGGCGUCCAGAUGGACCUUAGGGACGUCUCUUACUACAUCAAGCGCAAGCAGGGCUUCCCUUCCAUCACCGACAAGGGUGUUAUGGACAUCUUCAUGGGUGGCACCGGCUUCAGCUUCAAGGUUGAGAUGGAGACUGCCGACAAGGCGCGCGAGCAUGCGCAGACCCACUUCUUCAAGGUCACCAAGGUCGAGUCGGACAUUAAGCACCUGCAGAUCAAGAUGAAGAAGAGCAACCACAAGCUCCUCUUCAACAUGUUCAAGCCUCUGCUUCUCAAGGUCAUGCGUCCCGUCAUUCAAAAGGUCUUGGAGAAGCAGAUUAAGGACUCUGCUAACCAGCUCGAUGCUAUCCUCUUUGACAUCAAGACCGAGGCUGACCGUGCUGCGGCUGAGGCUAAAAACAACCCUGAUCCUCAGAACAUCCAGAACAUCUACCAGCGCUACGCCAGCUCUGCCCAGCGUCGUGUCAUGCAAGGCAAGCAGAAGAAGGAGUCUCUUAAGGAGAAGACCAAGGACACCAAGGUCAACGUGGCCGUCACCCAGCACGACUCCAUCUUCAAGAACAUCUCGCUGCCUGGAGGCAUCUCAUCCAAGGCUACCGAGUACAAGGAGCUUGCUGCCAAGGGCGACAAGUGGGAGAGCCCCAUCUUCUCCAUUGGAUCUGCCAAGGAGACUACCAGCCUGCCUCAGGUUGGAAAGAUCACUCGCAAGCCUCAUGGUCGCGCGGGUGGCUACGGCAACCCCGGUGAUACUUCCCGCGGUCUCGGUGCUUCGUCGGGACUGAACCCAUCAGCCAACCAGUACGAUAGCCAGUACACCAACAAUGGUGGUCUUGGUUCUCAGCCAGGUCUCACCACGGGCAAUCAGGGCUUGACUGGUGGUGUUCCUGCUACCAGCGGUGCCACUUCGGGUUUCGGUAAUCAGGUUGACGACGCUUUCAACACUACCGGUUCCACUGGCUUGAACAACGCCGCUGCCAUCCCGCCCACGACUGGUCAGACCGGCACUGCCGCCCCUGGCCAGUACAACACCACCUUUGGUGACCAGAACCCUGUCUUCCAGGGCCGCGCUUAG